CGCGGUGUUCACGCGGUUCCGGGUACUGAUGUUGGCUUCCCAAGCUGUUUGCAGAGAAACUGAGGCACUGAGAGGGAGCGACUGCUCCCGAAACCCACAGGAAACCCGUUUCCCUUCCUUGGACCCACUGUGAAAGGCUUGGCCUCGGGUCAUCGGCAGUGUCCCCGAAACUCCAAAUUUUUCUGGCAAGGGGGUGGUCAAGGCGACAUUUAGGACUGGAGUGACGGGGCAGUGACUGUUCUGGUGCCGUGCUACAGGUGAGGACGUGAAGACUCUGAGCGUGAACAAGGUCGCGCUUUGGCGGCCGGGAUUUGAACCCGGACUGAGCUCAGCUCUUAGUCCUGCGAGGCUUUGUGGAACCGAGAUGACCCACUCUUUGGUUUGUCCAGAGACAGUGAGCAGGGUGAGUUCGGUGCUGAAUCGUAACACUCGGCAGUUUGGAAAGAAGCACCUGUUUGACCAGGACGAGGAGACCUGCUGGAACUCGGACCAGGGCCCCUCCCAGUGGGUAAUACUGGAGUUUCCCCAGCGCAUCUGUGUCUCCCAGCUGCAGAUCCAGUUCCAGGGGGGCUUUUCCAGUCGCCAGGGCCGCCUCGAAGGUUCUCAGGGGAGUGAGGCUCUUAGCAAGAUUGUGGACUUUUAUCCUGAGGACAACAACUCACUUCAGACUUUCCCUGUGCCAUCUGCUGAGGUGGACCGGCUGAAAGUGACAUUUGAGGACGCCACUGAUUUCUUUGGCCGAGUGGUCAUCUACCACCUGCGGGUGCUAGGGGAGAAGAAGGUAUGAGGCCGCUGGGUGGCUGCCUCCUCCAGGAAGUUCUCUGGGAAGCACAGUGAAGUCCUUCAAGUUCUGCACAGAAGGUUUAUUGGUUCCUCUUGGAAAGGGCUCCCUCCCACCGUCUGUCCAGGAGCUGCCUUUGAAGCCAGUUCUGGGUUCCCCCAGCUCUGGGUCGACCAUUUUGUUCCCUGAGUGUCUGAGUCCCUGGCAGACGGUGUUCACUCAGGGGUGGCGGGCACCAGGUUGCUCUGGAAGAGUUUAAGGAUGUGGUUCUCGAUCACCUGUUGCACUGGAAACAGAACAGGGAAAAGGUGGGCCAUGAACUUAACAGCGGCUGCAGAGGCACAGGCCAACCUGUACCUUCCCUUCAGGGUAAGAACAGGGGCCUCAGCCCUGGGACCUGGAUGGAGGACCCAUUUCAUACACAGGGAAAUCCAAGCCCUUGCCAGAGCACAGCUGGGAAGACAGAAGCCCCCCUCAUAGGAGCCUCUAUUUCCCCUGAGUUUGUAAAGAUGCAUUUUUGGAGGCUUUUCAGAAUUAUAAAAAUAUUCCUUACCAAA